AUGCCUCCGCUUAGUAAAAUUUGGUCUCAUUUUACAAAGCUUGGCCAUGAGGUCACUUAUAAACAAGAAAGUGCUCAAUGUAAUUAUUGUUCACAUAAAUUGCUUGCUGCCUCAUCACAAUCUGAGAAUCCUACUUCCUAUACUUCCUCUUCUUUUUCCUCUUCUUUAUCUCAAGCAACUCAUUUAGUUAACACCUCAAUUAUUAAUUCUAUUGAUAGAAUUUCUUCUGCAGAGCAACAAGAAUUUGAAAUUUUUAUUUGCAACCGUUAUUUUUGUUGUGGACUUCAUUUUUCAUUUUCUGAAUUAAAACCAAUUCAUGAUAUUUUUUAUUCAAUUAGACCAGCCUUAAAAUUAUCAACAAUUGAAUUAUAUGUGAUCGAAAA